GGUGAGAAAGAGUGAAAGAGAGAGAGGAGAGCGAAGGAAGGCAGACGUCCGAGCGUGGAACAGGUUCUCCCUGGCACUAACUCAGCAGACAUGUCCAACUUUGCCGGCACCUGGAAGAUGAAGAGGAGUGAGAAUUUUGACGAACUUCUCAAAGCUUUGGGCGUGAACGCCAUGCUGAGGAAGGUAGCGGUGGCGGCGGCCUCCAGUCCUCACGUGGAGAUCCGGCAGGACGGCGAGCAGUUCUACAUCAAGACCUCCACCAGCGUGCGGACCACAGAGAUCAACUUCCACAUCGGGGAGGAGUUUGACGAGGAGACGGUGGACGGGCGAAAGUGCAAGAGUCUCGCCACCUGGGAGUCGGAGAACAAGAUCUACUGCAAGCAGACUCUGGUGGACGGGGAGGGACCAAAAACCUUCUGGACUCGCCAACUGAAUGGCGACGAGCUAACGCUGAUUUUCGGGGCAGACGACGUGGUGUGCACUCGCAUUUACGUGCGGGAAUGACACCGCCAGACCGGGUUGGCACAUCUGGCACCAUAAAUUGCUAGCUGACAUGCUAACACGCACAGUAGCUACAAUAGAGUCUCCAUACACGUCUGUCGUCAACUUUCUCUUCUUUAUUGCGCCAACAUUCAACGGCAGAAACCAAUAAAAUCUUGACAAAAAAACUAAA